AUGGAACCAUCAGAGAAUAAAAAGUCGCCAAACUUGAGUUUCUCCGGCGCAGGCUUUUUAGGCCUGUAUCAUAUUGGCGUUGCCAGCUGCAUGCUUGAACAUGCACCGCAUCUUGUGGAAAACGCGGAGAAGAUAUUCGGAUGCUCAGCAGGUGCUAUUUUAUCAGCAUGUUUAAUAGGCGGAGUUUCUAUGGGAGAUGCAUGCGAAUACACACUAGACAUUGUAAGAGGGGCGACAAAACGAAUGCUUGGUCCUCUUCAUCCAGGCUUUCGUCUCGUGACGCUUGUUCGGAACAUAUUGACAGAGUCGCUGCCUCCCGACACAUACGUCAAAGCAUCUGGAAAAGUUUACAUAUCACUGACGAGCAUAACGGAUGGCAGAAACGUUCUAGUGACGGAUUUUUCUUCUAACGAAGAACUCAUCGAUGCAGUUGUAUGUUCUUCCUUUAUUCCGGUAUUCAGUGGAUACAUUCCGCCCAAGUUUAGAAACGAGUACUUUGUUGAUGGAGGCUUAUCAGACAACUUACCCAAAGACGCGAAUACGAUAACCGUUCAGCCUUGGGAAGGUGGUGCGGAUAUCUGCCCACGUGAUGGAUUUUUUCCGGCCAUGAACUACACCUUUGCGAACACGACGGUUCAAAUGUCGCCUAUGAAUAUGAUUAGAUUCGGGAAGAUGCUCUAUCCGACAUCGGUCGAUGACUUGAGCGAUUUGUGCCGACGGGGAUUCCACGAUUGUUACAAUUUUCUGAAGACGAAGGGCUACGGAAUGCGCAAACGAACGAUUUCGCGGAGAAUGUCGUUUUCUAUUGAGUGGCAAGAAGCGAUCGAGCGUAAGAAAAAGUAUGAGGCCAGAAAACUGGCAGGAUUAUCGGAGGAAGAUGAGACAGAAAAUUCAAACAAGAAAGGGAAUAAAGAGUCAGAGAGUGAAGAAAGCACUGGUUCUUUCAAUCAAGAUGAGUCCGUUUUUGAUGAGGAGCUUCAUAAAGAACUUAUUGAAGGGGUCGAAAGGGGGCUCGAGAUUGAAACAGACGAUGAAGAGUCCGACGGAGAAAAUCUGCCUCGUCUUCCGGAGAACAUUGAAAAGAAAAUUGAAGGAGGCGACUCCAAGGGUGGUGGCGACUGCGCGGAAACUGGCGCGACCAAGAAAGAGGGGCGAUUAAUGGAACUGAUCCGGUGGCCCUUGAAUUUCGCCGCCGAAACUUCCACCAAUAUUCGUACACAUUCCGAGCAGGCCACGAAUUUCGUCUUUGAUAUUGCCGUGCGCCAAAUGCAUGCUAGGGGACUCAUAAAGAGCCCAUCAAGUGCCGCGCUUAUGGCCGAUCAUGACCCAGCACCGAGCGAUUUUGCCGUGAACUUUCGUCCGUGA